AUGGACGUGGAUAUGCAGGAUGCGUCGUCGCGGCGCGGCGCGAACCGCCGUGCUGCGCGCGAGGUGAGCAUAAAGGGCUCGUCCGUGCCGAAGCCGACUCCUGUGAUUGUUGCGAACCUCGUCAAGGGCACGUCGCCCGAGGAUGUUCGUCUCACGUUUGACGCGCUCGGUCGGCUUGUGUAUGUGCGUGAGCAUCAUGUUCCGAGCCUAGGUGCGAACGCCGUCGCUUAUGAGGUUGCGUUUGAGCAGCGUGCGGACGCACAGGCUGCGUGCAAAAAGUACCAUGGUGUCCUCGCGGAUGGCCGCGUUCUCCAGGUGACGAUGAAGGAAGCCCGUCCUUCGCGGCGCCGUCGUGCGCCGCCGCCCAAGGAGCCCGAGGUGUCGGAACGCUUUGAGGAAGAAAAGCUGCCUCUGCCUGUCCUGCGCCAGCUCGCACAGGCGGAAGCCAAGUAUCUCGCCGAGACCGAACGCAUCCUGCGGAACAAAGACGCAGCUACGCCGUCGCUCAAGGACCGCCUCGGCAGUCUGCCCCUGGCCGAGCGGCUGGCGCUGGCGGGUCCACGGACGUCUGCGCAGAAGCGGCGUCGGACGAAGCAGCGGCGUGUGCAGAAAAAGGCGGGUGGUAUGGACGUGGACUAA